AUGGCACCUUGUAAGCGUUGGAUGGAUCUCGUUGGUGACCGGCUUAAUGAAUCUUUUCUCCCAUCUGAUUUUUAUGGAAUUAUGGAGAAUUAUACGUUUUGGUAUCACCAUGGGGAAAGAUCAGGAGAGCCUCAAUCAGAAAGUGAGGGUGACAAUGAUGAGGAAUUAGAAGACGAAGAAGAGGAUGACGUGCAAGAAAUCCUUAGGGACUUCUACCCUAAUUUUUAUGAUGUUGAUGGGAAUGGUGAUCCUCUUGGAGAGGAACCCAAUACUGAAGCAAAACAGUUCUAUAUGUUGUUAGAAGAUUCUCAACAUCCUUUGUAUCCAAGUUCUAAAACCUCUAAGUUGUCAGCAUUGAUAAAUCUGCUUCAUAUCAAGAGCAUCGGGCGAUGGAGUAAUGAGUCAUUUAGCAUGCUAUUAAAGUAUCUUAAUGAAGAAUUACUUCCUGAAGGGUCUUCUUUGCGAAAUUCAUAUUACGAUGCCAAAAAAAUAAUCAAGGCUCUUGGACUUUCUUAUGAAAAGAUUGAUGCAUGUGUCAAUAAUUGCUUGUUAUUUUGGAAGGAUGAUAAAGAGGCCAACUUUUGUAAAAUUUGUGGCGCUUCAAGAUGGAAACAAAACAGGCACGGUGAGGACAACACAUGUAAAGAAAAUGGGAAGAAAAUACCAUUCAAGACAUUAAGGUAUUUUCCAUUAAAGCCUAGACUUCAAAGAUUGUUUAUGUCGAGGAAGAUAUCUCCUUUCAUGAGAUGGCAUUAUGAACAAUGUAAAGAUGAUGGUACGUUGAAGCAUCCGGCAGAUUCAUUAGCAUGGAAACAUUUUGAUGAGCUUCACAAAUCAUUUGCAUCAGACCCUCGUAAUGUGAGACUUGGCCUUCCUAGUGAUGGGUUUCCACCAUUUACAAAUUCGAAGACACCAUAUAGUAUUUGGCCCGUUAUUCUCAUUCCAUAUAAUGUUCCACCAUGGAUGUGCAUGAAGCAAUCAAAUUUGAUUUUAUCGACCCUUAUUCCCGGUCCUGAUGGUCCUGGAGAUGCAAUUGAUGUUUAUCUCCAACCUUUGAUAGAAGAGUUGAAGGAGUUAUGGGACAAUGGCGUUGAGACAUUUGAUGCAUCAAUCGAGAAAAAAUUUCGGUUACAUGCUGCCUUGUUGUGGACUAUUAACGACUUUCCUGCUUAUGGAAAUUUAUCUGGUUGGAGUACAAAAGGAAGAUUGGCUUGCCCUUGCUGCAAUAAAGACACUUCUUGGAGAAGAUUAUCUAAUAGUCGCAAACAAUGUUUCAUGGGACAUCGUCGUUAUCUAUCACCAACUCAUAGAUGGAGAAAGGAUAAGGCAUCAUUCGAUGGAACUAAAGAGAAAAGACUACCACCCAAGCCUAUUUCUGGUAAUGACAUACUUAAACAAGUUAGUGACCUUGAUGGGAUGAUUCUAACCAAGGAUACAAAUAAAAGGGUCAAAAUAUCACAUAAAAGUAGGGGUGUUAAUUGGAAUAAGAAGAGUAUCUUUUUUGAACUUCCUUACUGGGAUACUUUAUUAUUACGACAUAAUUUAGAUGUUAUGCAUAUCGAGAAGAAUAUAUGUGAUAGUAUUCUUGGCACAAUCAUGAAUAUCAAAGGGAAGACUAAAGAUACCUUCAAAUCUCGACUAGAUUUGCAGGCUAUGAAAAUAAGGCAAGAACUACACCCGAUCAAGCAUGGGGAUAAAUAUAAAAUGCCAUUGGCUUCUUACACAUUGUCCCCAGAAGAGAAACAUAAAUUUUGUCUUUUCUUGAAGGAGUUAAAAGUUCCAGAUGGAUUUUCUUCUAACAUUUCACAUUCUGUCAACCUUAAAGACCAUAAAUUUUCUGGUUUGAAGAGUCACGAUUGUCAUGUUAUUUUGCAACACUUGCUUCCUCUUGCAAUACGUGGUCUUCUUCCUAAAGCAGUUUAUGAACCACUUAUCGAGCUAUCAAUGUUUUUUAAUGUUCUUGGUGCUAAAGUGUUGAAAGUAGAGGAGUUAAAACAACUUGAUGCACAAAUACCUAUAACACUUUGCAAGUUAGAGAAGACGUUCCCUCCUUCAUUUUUUGAUAUAAUGGUGCAUUUUCCUAUUCAUUUGCCUGCUGAAGCUAUGAUUGGUGGUCCUGUGCAAUAUCGAUGGAUAAACAAGUUCAAUCGCCUCGAGCGCAAUUACGAUGGUGCUAUUGAUGAUACUAUUGGAGAGUUAAAGAUUUUUUGCCAUCCUGGACGAGCUUUAGGAGCAAGGAAACUACGCGAUCUUAGUAUGCAAGAGAUGGAACAAGCUCGGGUGUAUAUUUUAAAAAAUUGUGAAGAAGUCCAACCUUUUCUCGAAGAAUUUUCACAAAUUCAAGCAAGUAGUUCACAACAUUCGUCUGAAAAGGAAUGGGAUAAACACUUUGUAAAUUGGUUCAAUACCAGAGUAACUCGAUUGCAUAAAGAUGACAAAAGCAAAGAGAUGGAAGAUUUGUUUUCAUUAGCUCGUGGUCCUACUCAAUAUGUCACAAGUUUUAAAGGGUACAUUUGUAAUGGAUUUAGAUUUCAUACAGAACAUCAUGAAAAGGGCUUAAGGACACAAAAUAGUGGAGUAGUGGUUGUAGGUGACAAUGGCAUAGAAGUUGAACAUAUUGAUUAUUAUGGUGUUUUGACUGAAAUUCUUGAAUUUAAAUAUCUUAAUGGAAGACGAGUGAUAUUGUUCCGUUGUAAAUGGCGGGAUGUGUAUGAUAAAGUGAGAGGGAUUCAAGUCGAUGAGUAUGGGAUUAUUAGUGUUAAUUGCCAACGACUUUUAAAAACAGAUGAGCCAUUUAAGACCCAACCUCGUGAUGUAUAUACAGUCUCGUCACAAUUGGAUGAACAGAGUGAAACAAUUGACCUUGAAAAUGAAGCAUAUCAACAAGCAGAAUCUUUUCAGCCAGAAUUUGUAGAUCCAAAUAUAGAAAGAGAGUUCAAUUGGAGUAGAACUUAA